AUGAACGCUGAGACCUGCGUCUCUUACAGCGAGUCGCCGGCCGCGGCCAUGGACGCCUACUACAGCCCGGUGUCGCAGAGUCGGGAGGGCUCUUCGCCGUUCAGGGCAUACCCCGGCGGCGAUAAGUUCGGUGCCACUUUCCUGUCCGCCGCCGCCAAAGGGCAGGGAUUCGGGGACGCCAAGAGCCGGGCUCGCUACAGCGCGGGGCAGCCGGACCUGGUGGCGCCCCUGGAGAGUGGCGCCGGGGCGCGAGGCUCCUUUAACAAGUUCCAGCCCCAGCCACCCGCGCCGCCGCCGCCGCCGCCGCAGGCACAGCCGCAGCCCCAGCCGCCGGCGCAGCAACCGCACCUCUACUUGCAACGAGGCGCCUGCAAGACGCCCCCGGACGGCAGCCUCAAGCUCCAAGAAGGCAGCGGUGGCCACAACGCGGCCUUGCAGGUCCCCUGCUAUGCCAAAGAGAGCUCCCUGAGUGAGCCAGAGUUGCCACCCGACUCUGAUACCGUGGGGAUGGACAGCAGCUACCUCAGUGUGAAGGAGGCUGGGGUGAAGGGGCCCCAGGACCGGGCCAGCGCCGACCUCCCCAGCCCGCUGGAGAAGGCUGACUCGGAGAGUAACAAGGGCAAGAAGCGGCGGAACCGAACCACCUUCACCAGCUACCAGCUGGAGGAGCUGGAGAAGGUCUUCCAGAAGACCCACUACCCCGACGUGUACGCGCGGGAGCAGCUGGCCAUGAGGACGGACCUCACCGAGGCCCGCGUGCAGGUCUGGUUCCAGAACCGGAGGGCCAAGUGGCGGAAGAGGGAGCGCUUCGGGCAGAUGCAGCAGGUCCGAACCCACUUCUCCACCGCCUACGAGCUGCCCCUCCUCACUCGAGCUGAGAACUAUGCCCAGAUUCAGAACCCGUCCUGGAUCGGCAACAAUGGGGCAGCCUCGCCAGUGCCCGCCUGCGUGGUCCCCUGCGACCCGGUGCCAGCCUGCAUGUCCCCCCACGCCCACCCCCCUGGCUCCGGGGCCGGCGGCGUCACCGACUUCCUGAGUGUCUCUGGGGCUGGCAGCCACGUGGGCCAGACGCACAUGGGCGGCCUGUUUGGAGCGGGCCUCAGCCCAGGCCUCAACGGCUACGAGCUCAACGGGGAGCCGGACCGCAAGACCUCGAGCAUCGCGGCCCUACGCAUGAAGGCCAAGGAGCACAGUGCGGCCAUCUCCUGGGCCACAUGA